AUGUGUCGCUGCUUUACCGUCGGUACGAAGAAGGUGUCCACGGAGUGCCACCGUCAAUCCGUUGCAGCUUUCUCUGUUGCUCUGGGCGCUGACGCGGAGCUUGCGCGUGCUCGUCAUGAGCUCUACGGCCCUGGGUUUCGCCGCCUCCUUGCUGGUGAAAAGCCCCAAGAGAUAGUGGACAAGGUGUCCCCGUUUAUCCUUGCUGAUGAAGACAGCAACAUGGAUAUCGACGACAUCGAAAUCGACUUCGAGCUAUUGCGGUAUAACUUGUCUCAGUACAUGUUUGCGGUGCCUCGAAACUGCAAGGAGAAGACGUCCAUGCGCUCAUCGUUUCGAUGUGAUUGCUAA